AUGAUUUUCGGUUUUAAUAAAGUUAAAGAAAAAUAUGGUAAAGAUAUCGAUUUACGUUCUAACGAAGAAACAGAUGAAUCGACCUCAGAAGAGGAAGAUGAAUAUGGAGAUUUGAUAACUCCCGAGGUGGAUGUACAAAUCAUGAAAACGAUAUCAGCCAUAAAAUCCAAAGAUCCCAAAGAAGAAAUGAAAAGUUCAUGGAAAAAUUGGUUAAAUAGGAAUCAACGGAAGGAUGAAAAAAAACCCAUUUAUUUAAAAGACUAUCAACGUCAAAUAUUAUUGGAAGAUGGUGGUGACAUAAGUAAUGAAGAUGAUGAUAUGACCAAAUUGACCAAAUCUAAAUUGGAAAUCCCAUCAUCAAAAAUUGGGUUAACUCCUGUUGAAGAAGAACGAAAGUUAAAGGAUGAAUUCAAAGCAGCAGAGGAAGAAUAUCAAAAUUUCUUAUUAGAGUGUAUGGCGAAAGGUAAUGGAGAAUCUGUCAAAAUGUGGCAGAAUUAUAAAAAGAAUCCCACUGUUAAAGAGGAUGAUGCCUUUCUGAUGGAUUACAUACUUAAUCGUGGUUGGAUUGACAAAGAUUCAACCCGAAUUCCAACAUAUGAAGAACUAAUAACUGAACAUCAUGAUGAGGAAGAAGAACAAUUUGAUGAAGCCGUAGAUAAUUUUGAAAGAAGUUCGAAAAUAACUACUUAUUCUCGAAAUACGGGAGAUUCGGUUCGAAGAACUGAUAACAAACGCGUUGGUUUUAAUGAGAUAGAUUUAGAAGAAGAUUUUGAUCCUGAAAAAUAUGACCAAAAAAUGAGUGAAGUUUUUAAUGAGGAAUAUUAUACUCAAGAGGUAGAUAAUGAAAAACCGGAAUGGAAUGAUGAUAUCGAUAUUGAUUAUGUAGGAAAUGAUGAUGUUUAUGAUGAUAUAGGAAAUGAUGGUUAUGGUGAUGACGGAAACUUUAUAAUGGAUGCUGAUUAUUUGCCAGGGGAACGAAAACAUCACCAAAGUGAGAUAAAAGAAGAAGUCAAACAGAAAUUUGAUGAAUACUUGGAUGAAUAUUAUCAAUUAGAUUAUGAAGAUAUAAUUGAUGGUACUCCCGUACGAUUUAAAUAUCGCCAAACCAAACCUGUUUCAUUUGGGUUGACACCCGCUGAAAUUUUGGUGGCUGACGAAAAUGAUUUAAAUGAAUUUAUAUCUUUAAAGAAAUUGGCACCAUUUCGUCCUGAUAAUGUUGUGAAUAAGGAUAUAAAGAAAUAUUCCAAAAAGAAACGAAUUCGAGAAUUUCGCAAAAAACUUGAACGCGCGGAAAUUGAUAAUCCCCCGGAAAAUAAAUCGUGGAGUAUCAAAUCAAUUAAACGCAAAAAGCAUGAGGCUCAAAAGGAAAUACAAGAAAAACAAAAAUCCGUUAAAAGUAAUAAAAAGAAGAAAAAUCCUGCACAAAAUUUGGGUAAUAAUGCUAUUACUGUUAUAUAG